AUGCUUAGUCCCAAAAGAACCAGAUUCCGUAAACAACAUAGAGGAAGAAUGAAAGGAAUAUCUUCUCGAGGCAAUCGUAUUUGUUUCGGUAGAUAUGCUCUUCAGGCACUUGAACCCGCUUGGAUUACGUCUAGACAAAUAGAAGCAGGGCGUCGGGCAAUGACACGAAAUGUACGCCGCGGUGGAAAAAUAUGGGUACGUAUCUUUCCCGACAAACCAGUUACCCUAAGACCCUCGGAAACACGUAUGGGUUCGGGGAAGGGAUCUCCCGAAUAUUGGGUAGCUGUCGUUAAACCGGGUAGAAUGAUUUAUGAAAUGGGCGGGGUAGCAGAAAAUAUAGCCAGAAAGGCUAUUUCAAUAGCAGCGUCCAAAAUGCCUAUACGAACUCAAUUCAUUAUUUUGAGAUAG